AUGGUGGCAGCGACCCCGUCUAGACAGCGGAAGUGGGCACCACAUGUGCGGACUGGGUGCGAUUCGUGCCUGAUUCCACAUGUCAAGUGCGACGAAGAAAAACUUUGCUGCAGACGAUGUCGCGUCAAAGGGAUGCAGUGCCGAGGACUUGUGUAUGGCGAAAGCGCCGAAAGCGCGAAGACCAAAAAUUUUGAUCCUUCUGAUUGUGAACUUGUAGAAGCUGCGCGAUACUAUCUAGAGGCAUCAGCUUCCUACAACGAAACGAGCCCGGCCCUUGCGGUUCGGAAUUAUUCUACGCUGCUCACUGGCGAAUACUCUCUAUGCCAACAUGUAGUGUUCAUGUGCAUGGAUUUGCACGUUAUAAAAAGCAACAACGUGGCGUCUGAAGAUUCAAUAAGGAGAGAUCCGCGCCGAAUGCCUUGGCCAAGUCUUGAGACUGGUCGCGUUGUGCAAUUCCACCGAACUCAAUGA